GCUGAGCAUUCACUUCAGAUCUUUAGCUAGCAUAAGGCUUUAAAACAUAGUUUUACUGACUGAGUUGAUCAGUUUAUGAAAAGGAUUACAUGAUGUAUUAGCAGGGCACUGGACUCAGUUACCCAGGAAAUUUCUACAGUUUUUUAAACUGGGCCAAAUACUGAAGCUUGUUAGAUCACCCUGGGGGAGAGAGUUUCAAAUAUUUGAGGCAUGCCCAUGCAACUGCUUUCUUUAGUUAAGUCAAAUAAUUUCUUUAAUGAUAUGGAAAAAGUUAGGGUAAAUUAGGAUCUUUUGAACAUGCAGUAAAAUGGCUAGGCACUUGUGAUUACAUACGCAAGCAAAGCCUGCACUUCCAUAUGCCUCUUACUGGUUUGACUUUAAGCUUGCCCUUAAUUAUUUUACUUUAUUGGUAUUUGGCUAUAAAUUUAGGUAGUGUCAAGAGAAGUUUACUGUUGUAUUUUCUACUGCAGUAUGGGAAUCAGGAACUUGAUAUUGAAAGCUAGUGAGUCUUAAUUUUUGGAAUUCAUCUUGUAAGGUAUAUUGGUAACUUCCAGUUAUGUAGCUAAUGUCACUAAUAAGCAAUACUGCUUAUGUGAAACCAGUUGAAGUGUCAUGAAAAGUAGGCAACCUAUAACUUUCUUGCAUUCCAUUAUUACAUUUCCUACACUUUGAGUGUUCUGUGAACCUGCAGUUAAGAGUCUUAAAGAUGGAACUGAUUAUGUAAAUAGACCUGUUUUAAUUUAGAUGCAAGUGGGACACUGCAGCUUUCAGUGCUCUGAAUGACUGCAAGGCUGAAAUAAAUGAUUGUUCCUUUUAUAUAAGGAUUUUAAGAUGCCCAUUCUCACUUUCAAUUUAUAGGUACAUUGUUUCUGCAUAAUAAUCCAGUUGUAACAUCUUAAAAUAUUUUAACCCAAAUCAGUUUCUUUUGUGUACUGUGUAGCUGUAGAAGCUGAUGAUUUGCAGAGACUGAGUAAUAAGUUGUACGGGAGAAACCAUGUAUAGGAUUUGCAAAAUCUGUCAUUUCUCACUAUUUCAUUAGAGUCCAAGAGACCUUUUGUGAUUCCUGUGGUAUAUGUCUAACAGAAAUUGAAUAUGAUACUCAGAGUGGGGGAAAUUUUAAAUUAAAAUUGCUUUCUCUUACAGCCCAGAGGUAAUGAUGAAGAAUCUAAGAGUUGCUUUCUUUUAACAUGAAACAAGGAACUGGGUUACAAUGCAGAAAUAUGUGUUACACCUAAAGGCCAUGGACACACAAAUGGAUGGCAAAUAAGCCUUGUGCCAGGUAAAAUUCCAAGCAUACUUGGCAUGUCAGCUGGAAUAAGUCCCUUACAGCAGUUCAAGAAAGAGGAAUAAAAGAAUCACUUCCACAGCUAUGGCCACACCAAGGAAGGUUCUGCAUUCCUCCCCUCCGGAUGGAGGCUGGGGAUGGAUGAUUGUUGUUGGCUGCUUUCUGGUUACUAUCUGCACUAGGGCUGUGACAAGGAGGACUGGUGAUGGAAAGGUUCUCCUGGGCAAGGAAGUUCUGUUGUGGUGGUGCUGCUGCAAAGGGCUGGAGCAGGGGGGUUAGCUUCCAGGUCUCACGAUGCAUCUCAAUAUUUUUUGUGGAAUUCCAAACCUACUUUGCUCAGGAUUACGCCCGAACAGCAUGGAUCCAUUCCAUUGCAGACUGUGCUACAAUGCUCUGCGCCCCACUUGGAAGUUUUAUCAGUAAUCGUGUGUCCUGUCAAGUGGGCAUCAUGCUGGGAGGAAUGCUUGCAUCUACAGGACUAAUCCUGAGUUCAUUUGCCACAAGCCUGGAGCACCUCUACCUGUCACUAGGAGUUCUUACAGGGCUUGGAUUUGCACUCUGUUAUUCUCCAGCCAUAGCAAUGGUGGGCAAAUAUUUCAACAAAAGAAAAGCGCUGGCUUAUGGGAUAGCCAUGUCAGGGAGUGGCAUUGGUACCUUCAUUCUGGCUCCUGUGGUCCAGCUCUUAAUUGAACAGUUUUCCUGGCGGGGAGCAUUACUAAUCCUGGGAGGUUUUGUUUUAAACCUCUGUGUCUGUGGUGCUUUAAUGCGGCCUAUUACUCUUAAGGAGGACCAUGAAAACCCUCCUGAAUUGCUUGGACAGGAGUAUGUCUCCAAAGCACAGAAGCAAGACUUAAAGCAGAUAUCCAUGUGUUCACCUUUAAUGAAAGACUGGUCCCAUGAAUGUCUAUGUCACUGCUCAUGGCAGGAGUACAACUUUUUGCUGAUGCCAGACUUCAUGGUGCUAGCAGUGUCUGUUUUGUUUAUGGCAUAUGGCUGUAGCCCUCUCUUUGUCUACCUAGUGCCAUAUGCUCUGAGCGUUGGUGUAAGUCAUCAGGAGGCUGCUUUCCUUAUGUCUAUACUUGGUGUCGUCGACAUUAUUGGCAAUAUCACCUUUGGAUGGCUAACAGACAGAAGGUGUCUGAAGAAGUAUCGACAUAUUUGCUACCUCUUUGCUGUGGGAAUGGAUGGCCUCUGUUGUCUCUUCCUACCUGUUCUCCAAAGCUUCCCUCUGCUUGUGCCUUUCUCAUUUACCUUUGGGUAUUUUGAUGGAGCCUAUGUAACACUGAUUCCUGUUGUGACGGCAGAUGUGGUUGGAACUGCUUCCUUAUCAUCAGCCCUAGGAGUGGUGUAUUUUCUUCAUGCAGUACCAUACCUACUGAGUCCCCCCAUUGCAGGUUGGCUGGUGGAUACAACUGGCAGCUACACUGCAUCAUUCCUUCUCUGUGGAUUUUCUAUGAUAUUCAGUUCAAUACUGCUAUGCUUUGCAAGACUAACAAAGAAAAUCAAAAGAACACACUUGAGGUCACUUGCCAAAGAUGCUAAUACCAAGCAGCAAAUUUGGACAAAUGGAACAAUGGCUUAUUCUGUAGCAGGUGAAUUAGACCAAAAGGAUGUGGAAAUGUUGGCCAUUGACACAAACAGCUACUGCAAUAGAUGACAGGUGUCAUCAAGUUUCUAUAGACAACACUGCUAUGACUAGUGGCUGCAUGUAUUGGAAGCAUCUUCAUUGAAAACAUUUUUCCCAAUAAAACAAAAGAAAUAAGUCAUCUAUCAACCAGAUUUUCUGUCAUAUUUUAGUAGUAUAAAAUUAGUCAAAUAAAACCAAGGAAAGCUGUCCAUUUACAGUGUCUAUCGGAUGAUUUCUAAUUCAAUAAUGCUGGCUCCACAGAUAACAAAAUGAACUACUCAGGUAAUUGAUCAUAAUCAGAGGUAAUUUACAUGACAGUCAAGAAGCAAAACUGAAUGAUAGAAUUUAUGGUGAAACAAUUUUUAAAACAGUGCCUAUGAAAUAUGCUUUUCAGUGUUACUUGGGGAGUAGUUAAAAAAAGGUUGAAAUUUAUCAGCAAUUGUCAAGCUCUUUGAAAAUAACUGCUACAAUAAUCACUGUCAUUCUAAGAAACUGCUGGAAAAUGGUAUUCUAUUUGGUAUAUAUUAUUAGCUGAACAAGUCUCUGAAGCAGCUUUAAUUUACACGGUGCCUAAAUUUUCUGUGCAACUGAAAUAUGUUUUUAUAUGAAAUACAGUUCUCAUGACUUUCUCCCCAAACCUGUUGACCAAAUGUUGCCAACACCCAUAUGAAAGUUCCCUGGAGCCUCGAUUUCUGAGGGAUAACAUUCCAGCCCAGCUCUUUCAGACAAUAUCCUGUGCUGCUGUUCCAUGUUUGAGAAGGUCUGAGGAAGUCGGUGACUGCCUACCAGCCUGGCUUUGGAGAUCAAAAGGCUUAGGUUGUCUUUCCAGUGUGGUAGUGCAUGGAACUGUGAAGAUGUAUAUGUAAAGCAGCUGAAGCAGAUGCUGAUAGGCUGGAAUGCAUAUCUGACGCAGAGGCAGAAAGGUGUGGCCUGCAUACUCCAAAAGAUGGCAAAUCUCCCCUUGUGAAAACAGCAACCACUAAGGAAACGUGGGGAUCAGUGCUCACAGACAGCUGAGGAACCUCCCUCUCCACAUCUCACUAACAGCCACAGCCUGCUGUUGGAGGCCGAUCAGCACUCAGGACUGUAAUGACAGGUUCUUCUCUGUCAAACUCAGUGGCCCAGAUCCUCAGUUGGUGCGUCAGCUGUGCGGGACAGGAGACAACAGCUGAUCUUGGAUGCUGAUUGAAGCUCAUUGUGUUGGGAAAGCAAUACAGUUGCAUGCUUCAUAGAAGCCAUUGAAGGAGUGUAGCUUGAAGACUAUGUUAAAUAAUGGUGCACUUAAUUAAAUUAUGGUACACUUAAACAUUUCCCAAAUGUUGAUGAUAUUACAGAUGGGUGCCACUCUGAUCCCUUCCCCAUGCCUGAUCUGCUUCUUGCCCUGUGCUCCCUGCACAACCUGUUGCCCUGCUUUCUGCUUCCUGCCCUAUCUGCCAGUGUGCUGCCUGUACCCUCCCUUAUCUGCCAUGUACCACACACAGAGGCUGGCUCUACCACUUCUGGUAUGCACUGUAGGUUGGCCACCUAUGAUUUAAAACAAGAGUAACAAAUAAAAAGAUACAGCUUUGG